ACGGGAAUUUCAACAGUCCUCGACGGCAUGGCUUCCUUUUCUCCUUCACCGGCUCCUCGUCGUCCAACGCGUCUGAAACAGCUUCUCACUUCUCCGCCAAGGCGUAUUCGAGUGGGCAACCCAUCUUCACGUCUAGGAACACCGGUGCGCUAUUUGGAGCGUGGCCGCGAUGAAUCCUCCGUCGCUUCAGCAAUGGAAGUGGAGGACAGUGGUUCUACUAUGUCAGAGCGAACCGCGUCCAAAAUGAACAUGGACACUCUGUUAGCAAAGUCCGACCAACUGUCUGUAUCUUUUUAUGCAGACUUACCGAUCGAAGUCUCGCAGAUUUUGAGGAGUGCUGACUUCAUUAGAGAGCUUUAUUCGGGUGAAAUAGAUACACUCACUGGAUUUGCGCUGAUUGCUUCUGCCCAGACGUGUUUCGCGUGGCAACAUUCCCUUGCAAUUAAAGCUAUUCCUACGUGCUAUAUUCUCCCUUGUCCUUGGGACUACAACCAGACAAGCCCACCUUUCCACUGCCUGGUUCCACAUGUUGCUGGCCGCGAACCAGGUCUCAUCCUGGUUUCUACGACUGGUGAAAUUCGCUUUUGGGAUAGUAUUGGAAUUGGUCUUGCUGGUGGCGAUCGUUAUACGACCACGCAAUUGGGUAUAACCUCAGAAGAGCUCGUGACGAAUUUGAUUCGAGUAGAUCAACAAACUUAUGUGGCAUCUACUACUUCUGGCUCCUUAUUCCGACUGAUUCUCUCUUCUACCGGUGGAAAGUAUCACAUCACAUCACAUCUAUUCUCGAAACCAACCCCUCAAUACACUCUGACACGCCUUAUUCCUUCGAUAUUCUCCCAAUCUUCGUCGUCGUCUAACGGACAGAUUGAUCUGGAGCCAGGAAACAUUAGUGCUCUAGCUCUUGGUGCAAGCACCAUCGAAGGUGGGAGGGAAAUUUGGGCAUUAGUGGACUUUCGGGUUCAAAAAUGGGAUAUGAAACUGGAAGGUUGGGAAGAGAUUGCUUUUGACGAAGACAUUGCCGGUAUCGUUCGGUCGGCUGUGAGAAGGACAUUUAGAGAUUCGGUUGAAGAGGAUGAUGCAAAACUGGAUCUUGAGCUAGUUGAUUUGGCCGUGGACGGCGCGAAUAAGCUGGUCGUCUUGGUGUCUUAUGCUGGGAAGGAACAAAAUGAUAUCAUGGCCAUGGACCUUGGUGGCAUUAAACGGAUCUAUUCCCUCGUACAACUAUCGCUUGUUGGUUCCACUUUCACACCAGAGAGUGUGAGAGGUAUACCGUACCAGAGCACUUCUUCGUCAGGUGCUCCUAUGCAUCCUCGGAUUCAGCUCUUACCAGAUGGCCUUCUAGUCAGUAUACAAUUUGGUGACGCUGUGGCCUUGUGCUCCAGAGAGUCGGACUAUCAGGAGCGCCUUGAGCUCAAGUCUGCCUCGGAUCGCACGUUCGGCGUGGGUGUUAUGCCGUCGGAUAGUGUUGUCCUCGUUCUGACCGCAGCAACGAUGAUGAAAGUGAAAGUCAACGUCGAUACUGUACUCACUUUCGAUUCGGAGACUGGUCGGGCGGAAUUGAUCAAGUCAAUCAUGACGCAAGCAAUUCUCUAUGGAUCUAUCCCGAACAAUCCUCUUCACUUCAGUUUCCCGCCUGACGUGGAUGAAGAGAGCUUGAUGCAAGGUGCAGAACAGCUCAGUGAAGCUAUACUCCAAUCAGACCCCUUGCUGGUUCGAGGUAGCCAGGACCUCACCUCUCAACUGAAGGGCCGCAAAGAACGUCUAAGCUGGCUCAUCCAGUUCAUAAACGACAACCUGGCUCUUUUGAAAAUGUCACAAACUUGUCGUCAGAAUCUUUUGAUGGAUGCAGAAAAAUUAACCGCUGCCUUGGAUUUAUGGACACAGCAUAACAUACUACUGGCUGAAGCACCCCCACACAGCGUCCUCAAUGAUGCAGUCUACCUCUAUAUGUCAAAUCUCGCGGAGGACGACUACAUGAGAGCUUUCUUCCGCAGCCACGUCGGCGUACUUGGCGAUUUAAUCAAAAAAAUACCAGACAUAACGCUGAAUGCAGCACAAGAGACGAACCGAAGCGUAGCAGAGCUGCUUCCAGAGGCGAACAAUGUGUUAUUGACUGUGCUCAAUUCUGCCUUCCGAUACCGCGAGGAUAAUGCUAGAUUGUAUGGAAUCGAAUUACCCAUGAUCGAGCCGUGGACGAGCGAGCAAGAAAUCGUCGACGGCGUGCUGGCAUUAUUUGAUACCUCUACAAGAGUUCUAGAGUCUUCCCCGGAAAGGACGGCCGUAAAAAUGAGCCAUCUUUCCGAGUUAGCAACUGUGUUGUUCACUUGCAUACAAGAAAGGCUUGAUUGGCUCAAGGGGUCUGGAAUCAAUGAAAGUGGCCAUAGACGCGAAUACGACGAGCUGAAGAGUAAAUUCGAUCAUCUUCGACCGGAAGUCCUAGAGACUCUACGGAGGAACAGAGAGGCAGAAAGCGCGUUUAGAUUGGCAGAGCAGUAUCGAGAUUUUAGCUCCCUAGCUGAUCUUUGUCAUCGGGAAAUCGUCUUUCCACCUGAAGAAAAUCCGAACGCUGCACGGAUACAAACCUAUGUUGAUCACUUCAAAGAAGAGUUUACGACUGAACUGUAUAGGUGGUACAUUCAACAUGGCGAGCUUCGUGUGAUGUUCGGACAGGAAGUAGCCCACAAUGAAUAUCUCGACAAAUAUUUCCCCGAUAACCCCAUCCCUUCUGUUUCGUGGAUACAUGAUCUGGGCAAUAGAAGGCAUGAAGCAGCCGCCUCGGCGUUGUACCAGGUCUCCACGCAAGAAAUCAACUUGGAGACGAAGCAUCUGAUGCUCAGUAUUGGAAAGUUAUCUCAACUUGCACACCUUCAAGAGUCUGGAGGAGCGGAAGAUUCGGGAAUUCUCGAUGCUUUCCAUGAUGAUCUCGACUUCGUUAGCGUACACGAGUCAUUACUUGAUGAAUUCAAGGCCGUUCUAAGUAAACUACGGGGCAAACGAUCUUUGGAUACUCAAGUUGAAACUGUAAUCAGGGAGCAGGCAACCACAUUGCUGGAUAGAAAUGAACUUGUGCUGAUUUUCAAGAAUCUGGUUCGCGAUCUUCUUCAAGGGAAGAGUUUGUCGAUCGAGGAUGCAGUUGACGUUUUGACGUUGAAAGACAAUAACGAGACACCGCAAGAGUAUGCUACGGCUUUACAACUCCUUUCUAGAAGUCAACUUCCUGAAGCAAGGAAAUUAUCCGCGUUCCGAACGGUUUGGCGACGAAUAUAUAUUCAUGACGAUUGGGACGCUAUUCGAAAAACAACCAAUGUUAGCGAUGCAGAACUACAAAUGAGGUUCAAAAGUACAGCUUUGUACAACACACUGCUCCAUGUUCUACCAAAAGCAGACGAUCACGAAGGGUACGAGACGGUCCCAGACGUAGCCCUAAUCACCCCAACAGCUGAAGAGGUUGCCUCUCGCUGGCCGGGUAUGCCUCAGGACCAAAUCGAACGCUUAAUUCAAGACUAUAACCUCGAGUGCGAUAAAUUAGGAGAUCUCGACCUAAGCGAUGAAUAUCAUCGCGUCAGAGAAUUGGCUGAAGAGGACCUCGCGUGGAAUCGUUGA